CUCUAGCGCCACCGUUUGUGUUCGUGUCCAAUAAGCACGAGCGCAUUCACCGCGGGUAGCUUAGCUUUGAAAGCUAACCAUGGUGAACGUAAAGAAACGGAAAGGUCGGGUCGUCAUUGAUUCCGACUCGGAAGACAGUGCGAGCGAUGACAAUUUGGAUCAGGAGCUGCUGAGUUUGGCCAAGAGGAAGCGUGUGGACUCGGAAGAACUGGAGGAACCCAUCAGCAAACCUGCAGCAUCUACAGACUCCGAGACGUCUGACAGCGAUGAUGAGUGGACUGUCGGAGGCACCAAAGCCAAGAAAAAGGCAAAACCUGGUAAAGGCACAGAAAAGAAGAACCCUGCGAAGAAGAAAGUGAACAAGGCCGCUUCGUCAGGGAGCUCAAAUGGAGACAGCUCAGCUGAGAGCUCCGCCCCCGAGGAGGGCGAGGUGUCCGACUCCGAAAGCAACAGCUCCUCCUCCAGCUCGGAUUCGGACUCGUCCUCGGAGGAUGAAGUGUUCCGGGACGGAUACGGAGACGAUCUGAUGGGAGAUGAGGAGGACCGGGCGCGGUUGGAGCAGAUGACGGAGAAGGAGAGAGAGCAGGAGCUUUUCAACCGUAUCGAGAAGAGAGAGGUUCUUAAACGCAGGUUCGAAAUCAAGCAGAAACUCAAGACCGAAAAGAAGAAAGUCAAAGAGGAAAAGAAGAAGAAGAAGCAAGAGGAGGAGCAGGAGAAGAAAAAGCAGUCUCAGGUUACAGACACUCAGGUGGUGAUGUCCCACAAUAAAGAGAGGCGGUCGAAGAGAGACGAGAAGCUGGACAAGAAGUCGCAGGCCAUGGAGGAGCUGAAAGCCGAGCGAGAGAAGAAGAAGAACAGAACAGCUGAGCUCCUGACCAAACGGCAGCCGCUGAAGGCCAGCGACGUGUACUCCGACGACGAGGAGGAGGAAGAGGAAGACGACGAUAAGUCCUCGGUGAAGAGCGACCGCAGCUCGAGGUUGUCGUCCUCCGAUGAAGAUGAUGAGAAAGAGGCGACGCCCCCCAAGUCUCAGCCCGUGUCGUUGCCGGAGGAACUGAACCGCAUCCGUCUGUCACGGCACAAACUGGAGCGCUGGUGUCACAUGCCCUUCUUCGCGAAAACGGUUACCGGCUGCUUCGUGCGCAUCGGCAUCGGCAACUGCAGCAGUAAACCCGUCUACAGGGUGGCUGAGAUCGUAGAUGUGGUGGAAACGGCGAAGGUAUACCAGCUCGGCUCAACACGAACGAACAAGGGGCUGCAGUUACGACAUGGCAACGACACCCGAGUGUUCCGGCUCGAGUUUGUGUCCAAUCAGGAGUUUACAGAGAGCGAGUUCAUGAAAUGGAAAGAAGCGAUGCACGGUGCAGGGAUGCAAAUUCCGACCCUGGAUGAAAUCGGGAAAAAAGAGCAGUCCAUCAAAGAAGCGGUCAACUACAAGUUCAACGACAAAGACAUUGAAGAUAUAGUGAAAGAGAAGGACCGAUUCCGGAAAGCGCCGCCGAACUACGCCAUGAAGAAAACGCAACUUCUCAAAGAAAAGGCGAUGGCGGAGGAGAGCGGUGAUGGCGAUAAGGUGAAGAUGUUGCAGGAUCAGUUGAACGAGCUGGAGGAGAGAGCUGAAGCAUUAGACAGACAGAGAACUAAAAACAUUUCUGCCAUCAGUUAUAUCAACCAGAGGAACCGCAGCUGGAACAUCGUGGAGUCUGAGAAAGCCUUAGUGGCUGAAGGUCAAAACUCCAAAAACCAGCAGAUGGACCCUUUCACCAGACGCCAGUGCAAACCCACUAUGGUGUCCAACGCCAGAGACCCAUCAGUCCACGCUGCGAUUCUUGCCCAUCUUAAUCAGAAAUACGGUUCCGGUUCUGGCCAAGACAACGCGCAGCAGGUCAACAAACAGCAGGGUCCAGCGAACCAGAGGGAUAAAGACCUCACAAAAACCACCAGCGACCUCUCGGAGGACCUGUUCAAAGUUCAUGACUUCGAUGUCAAAAUCGACCUCCAGGUCCCCAGUGCUGAGACAAAGUCCUUGUCGGUGAGCUCCAACUCCUUGCCGGUGAAGGACGGAGCCCCUCGCCGCUCCCUCAACCUGGAGGACUACAAAAAGAGACGAGGCCUCAUCUGAUGCUCCUGUCUUCCAGCUUCCCCUCCAUCGAACUCCUGUGUGUGUUAGUCAUCUGCACCAGGGAGCUCGAUGCUGCCCCCCACCUUUGUCCCGUGUGUGUGUGUGUGUGUGUGUGUUGGGGAGGGGGGAGUUGAAGAGAAGUGUGAAUGUGAGCUUGUACACAUGUAAACCUUUUGUGUGUGUGUGUGUGUAAUAGAGAGAGAAUGAGCGAGUGUACAUGGUGACAGUGUGAGACAUCCAUCUGAUGCGAGACUGCAAACUACUUGUGCAGUUUUUGUGCACAAGUCUUCUGAAAAUGAAAUACGAAAAUCCCGUGGAAUGUGGCGGCUUUUCCCCCCUUCCCGCAUAGCCGUACUUUAUAGGAGAGAAAUCGUCCACUGGUUAAUUUAUACAUGAGUACCUGACGUUCUGUGUCUACUUUUUUUUUUUUUUUAAUGUUCAUUCAAGUCUUGACAAUGCUAUUUAAAUAAACCAUAAGUACUUGGAGGAUUUUUAUGAACCAUUUUUCUUCCUCCUGAAGAUUUUUAGUGCACGUGUGUGUGUACGCUUUUUUUUUUUCUCUCUUUUUAAUUUUUUUUUUUUUGUUUGGAUUAGGCUUCAGUCCUGGUGUCUUCUUGAGAACAAACAUGAGACCAAGAAUGACGUCACUUGUGUAAUGGACAAAAUCUCUUCACUUGUAUGAAAUACUUUUUUUUUUUUUUUUCCUCUUUGUACUUCAGCAAUCUUUGUUCCACUCAGAGCUGAUGUGUGACUAUUAUUGGUUAUUGAUGAUGUUUUCUGGUCAGUUCUCGUAUUCAUGUGGCAUGCUUUGUAAAUAAGAUUUGGCCAUUUGGGAUGAGUGCGGCAACAAUAAAGAAGCACUGUUUCGUA